AUGCAGUCAUUUGAUAUUGAAUCUUUGAUUGGUACUGGUAGGAAAAGUAAUGGCUUCUCCGAAAUAUCUGAAAAAACACCAGAAACGGAAAUUGUUAAGGAAGCAACUGCUACUAAAGCUAUUGAUAUCAGGGAAUUUUCGGCUAUUCCCGGUACUACAAAAGUAAGUACAUCAGCAAAUUCAAAUUUUGAUCAAAAUUUGACAAAAUCUGAAUUGCUAUGCGGUUCGGCACCAUCUCGGAUACAUCCAGGAACAUCAUCAACUGUAUCCAUAGCUAGAACAAUGAAUGCAGAGUCGAAAUGUCUAGGUACUGCUUUUCAUACUUAUCCUUGCGUAUCCGGUAGCAACAAAUCCCAGUCCCAGUGUGCACCAUCAUCACCAUCGGUAUCAGCGGAAUCUCGAGAUGAUGGUGCAAUGAGGCGCUAUCGGACGGCAUUCAGUCGUGAGCAAAUUAAUCGAUUGGAAAAAGAAUUUGCACGUGAGAACUAUGUAUCACGGCCAAAAAGAUGUGAAUUAGCAACGCAACUCAAUUUACCUGAAGGUACCAUAAAGGUAUGGUUUCAAAAUCGUCGUAUGAAAGAUAAAAGACAAAAGAUGGCAUCUCUACAUUGGCCAUUCUUUGAUCAUCAUAUUACCGCAUAUUUCCUUAAUCCAUUUUGCUAUGAAGCAUGGAGGUCAUCCCUGAUACCUAAAUUGUGUGAUCCGAGUAUUACACGUCCAUUUCUUGCUACCGCUGGAUCAAUGCUCGGGUCAGUAGCAGUAGGAACAGAUACAAAUAUGGGAAUAAUACCUCGGCCAGCAAUAUGUGCCAAUCCAGCUGCUAUCAAUACUGAACCAACUCGAGAGCACAUACAAGAAUCUCUCGAAUCCAUGCCUCUACAAUCACCCGCUGAAUCAAAAUCAUUCCUAUAG